AUGAAGUACAUCUACUCGGAGGAGACGCUGCCCAUCCCGGAGGGUGUCAAGGUCUCCAUCAAAACGAGGGUAGUGACGGUUGAGGGCCCCCGAGGCAAAUUGACGAAGAACCUCGGCCAUCUUUCCGUAUCCUUCACACACCCCAAGAAGGACCUCAUCCACAUCGAACUGCACCACGGUUCGCGCAAAAACGUCGCUACUCUCCGUACCGUCCGAACCAUCAUCAACAACCUGAUCAUUGGCGUCACCAAGGGCUUCAAGUACAAGAUGCGAUACGUCUACGCCCAUUUCCCCAUCAACGUCAAUAUCGACAAGAACAACGAUACGGGGCUAUACGAGGUGGAGAUCAGGAAUUUCAUCGGCGAGAAGAUCGUCCGACGAGUCACCAUGCAGCCGGGCGUCGACGUUGCGGCGUCGGCGAACGUGAAGGACGAGCUGCUGCUCACCGGCAAUUCCCUCGAGAACGUAUCGCAGAGCGCAGCAGACAUCCAGCAGAUCUGCAGAGUGAAGAACAAGGAUAUCCGGAAGUUCUUGGACGGUCUAUACGUCUCGGAACGGGGCAACAUUGAGGAUUAG